UAUAGAAAUAGAAAAUUGUCACAACCUUUGUGUGAGAGAAAAGCCUGAAGAAGCAGACUGCAUUUUAGAUUCCCGUUCAUUCUUAAGUAAAUGCAGAAAGCUUCAUUUAACUCUUUUUAUCCUCGAGUUUUCUAUCAAAAACUGUCAAAGAGCCCAUAUUCUCUAGCUGAGAAGUUGAAGGGUACAAAUUUUUGUCUGGAAGAGACGGCUGGCCGACCAUGGAAGUUGUUUUUAUCACCGCACAACACAGCUAUUGCAACUUGUGUAAGUUGUGAUUUUCAAAUGGAUAAAGGAAUUGCAAGACAGUUUGCCAAAAAAUAUGGCUAUUUUGAUGAACUAAUAGAGAAAGGCUUGGAAUUUCCUGAUGCUCAUGAAGUUGGUAAAAUAGGAGUUUUAAAGACAAGAGAUAGAUUUGUUUACUAUUUGUUGUCUCGAAGAAAAUGGUGGGAUUCUGGCUCGUACAAGGCCAUGGAGGAAUGCCUGGUUGCAAUGCAAAUGCAUUGUGUUAAAAAUGAUAUCCAAAGAAUUGCCAUUCCAAGACUAGGGGCACAAUGUGACUGUUUGGAUUGGGAUGAAGUUAAAAGUUUGAUUUACAAAGCAUUUCAACAUUCUAAUGUACAUAUUACUGCUUAUUCUCAUCGUUGAUAUCUUUCAGCCACAUAAUGUAUGUUCAAGUCUUACAUGUUUGUCAUUGUUCAACGAGGAAUCUGAUUGCAUAUGUCAGAAUCAAACAAUUACUAUAUGCCAAUACGUUCUUGUGCGACUUUUAAACACAUUCUUGGUUAUCUUUAUUACUUUUUUACGUGGAUAUGAUUAUGCCAAGAUGUCUUAAGAUGAGAAAAGUGUCUAAGAUGUCUAAGAACCUUUUGGAAAAGUCUUUUUCUAUCUCUAAUGCUAAAGGUGGUUAAUAAUUCGAUUAAAAGCUGCUGAACUAAUGUUUUAACUCAAAAAAAUCAUGUAUUUUAGCCUUCAUGAUGAAUAUAAAGUAUGAACAUGAAAUAUUGACAAAAACCAUGUUUAAUAAAUUCAUGCUUUCCUCAGAA